CGUUGUAUCAUAAGGUCUGUCAUUGAUUGAGUCAACUGGCGUGGUUUCGAUUUCCCGGUUGUAAGUGGCAAGUAGUAGAGUCGCCUGUCCAACCUCGUUGGUUUUCUCAGGAUCCUCCUACUGGCUAAAGACUCCUACGCACUUGUAUGAAUGGAUGAAGAAAGAAAUGUACCUGUUACUAAACCAAUCAAUGAAUAUGAAGAUGUAUUUGCAUGGGAAGGGGGUAAUGAUAAAUUGUCUAUAUCUAAGUUUCCUAUAGCAUCAAUAGCGGAUAAAAGAGGUCUACCUAAAACAUUGGUUUGUCAUGAUAUGAAUGGUGGUUACUUAGAUGACAGGUUUGUACAAGGUAGUGACAAUAGUGAUGCAUAUCGAUUCUAUCAUUGGGAAUAUUUAGAUAUAUUUGUAUACUUUAGUCAUCAUCUAGUUACAAUACCUCCACCAUGUUGGACAAAUGCUGGACAUAGACAUGGCGUUAAAGUUUUGGGAACUUUUAUAACAGAAUGGAAAUAUGGUUUUGAAUGUUGUAAUGUUUUCCUGGAAACUGUGGAAUUAUAUGAAAGAUUUGCUUCUAAGCUAGUAAAUAUAGCAGAAUAUUACAGAUUUGAUGGCUGGCUUGUCAACAUAGAAAAUGUUAUUGAGCCAUCAAAAGUAAUUGAUUUAAAAGGAUUUCUUACUUGUCUUACGAGAAAAAUGCACGAAGCUAUUCCUUCAUCUUUAGUCAUCUGGUAUGAUAGCGUAGUUGAUACCGGACAUCUUGACUGGCAGAAUGAACUUAAUGAAAAGAACAGUUUAUUUUUUGAUGCUUGUGAUGGUAUAUAUUUAAAUUAUAACUGGACAGAAAACAAACUGAGUAAAUCGAAAGAGAGAUCUCUAGCCGCAGACAGACCAUUUGAUGUUUAUGUGGGAAUAGAUGUGUUUGGUCGAGGUACACCCGGUGAUGGAGGAUAUAACACUAGAGAGGCAUUAGAUAUGGUGAGGCAACAUGAAUUAUCAACCGCCAUCUUUGCACAAGGUUGGGUUUAUGAAACACAUGGAAAAGAAAAUUUUACAAUUAAUGAAAAUAGGUUUUGGGGAGAUUUGUAUGAUUUGUGUCCAUAUAAUAAAAGAACAACUCUACCUCUUGUUACAUCAUUUUGUCAGGGAUAUGGUCAUAAGUAUUAUCUACAAGGUUUGGUUAAAGAUGAAAAUCCAUGGAGUAAUUUACAUAUGCAGCAAAUACAACCACAUUUUCCAUUUAUCAUACCUAGUUCAGAUAAUAAUAUAGGUGUAUACAUAGAUAUGGAUACAGUUUAUCAAGGUGGUACAUCUUUAUGUGUAGAAGGAGACCCAACAUAUAUACCAUUUACAUUCAGUCUUUUCUAUACAGAAAUUCCUCUUACAAGUGGUAUAAAAGUAGUUCUUGUAACCAAGGAAAUGGAAGAACAGGAUGGAGGAAUACAUUUAUUGUUGGACCUCAAACAAACUAGGACUCAAAAACAAAUAGUUCUUACACCUCAGAUUCACUACAGUCCACCCCCAUCAGAAGAAAACAAUAUUUCAAAACAACCUGAUCUAAUCUCGGAGCAAAAUGGAUGGAAAUCAAGAAUAUAUAUAGUACCAAACAAUGUGGUUGAAGACUGGACAUUAAUAGGAAUUAGUAUUAGAUGUUUAUCACCAACUCCUCAAUCAACAAUAAAUCGUUUUUAUGUUGGACAGUUAAAGAUAUUACCAUCAGACCAUAUAGUGCCAAAUGUAGAACUGACAGAUCUGCGGGUAACAAGGGUCGACACAAGUGAAGAAUCAGAGACUGUGGUGUAUAAUAUAGAGUGGACCUGUUCACAAUAUAACCAUGUCGACUAUUAUAACAUCUAUUCUUCAUCAGAAUCAAAUAACUAUCAACUUUGUGGCCAUGCUUCAACAGAGAAAUAUGUUUUAGUUGUUAAUGGUCCGGAUGAUAAUAGUCAAACACUAACUGUUCAACCGGUUUUGUUAACAGGAGAAGUAAUAGCCUUACAAUCUUGUUCAACAUGCACAAUUUAAAACCACAUGUUUAAAUGAGCUAAACCUCUUUGAUUCAGGUCAAAAUAAGGUAUUGUGUGGGGGAAAGACCUAUACAGUUAAAUUUGUUAUUGUUAACUAAUUUUAUUGGGUUUUUUCAGGGUUUUUUUUUAAAACAAAACAUUAGUUAAUCUCAACAUCGGUGUAUCGGUUGACCUAAAAUUUUGGAUGCAGACAGAAAGCCACUUUGCAAAUCAAAUCAAAACAUCAAAUUUUGAUGAUCAAACUUAAAUAAAUGUAUAAUUUCAAUUUAUUUGAUCCAAAUCAAAGAGGUCUAAUCGUUUAAAUUUUAAACAAUGGUUUAUUAUUAAUUUUUUUGUGUGUGGGAAAAUGUCUACACUUGCCCGUUCUUGUACCAAAUGAAUUUGAUUUUAAUUAGAUUUGCUAAUGUACCUAAAAGACUACAUUCUUACAAAAUGAUCAAGUUGGAAUAAGAAAAUGUCUCCAUUUGUCCCCUUAAAUUUGUUCUAUGGUAUUAGGAUAUAAGCACAACCCAAGCAAUAUACCUGUCAAUCAAGUGGUUUAAGAGAAAUCCAAACUCCCUUUUAAGGUGCUCUCCUGUCUAUCUAUAUUGGACAGAUAAACUUCAUUUUAGUAGAUCUGAAUAAAAACCAACCAAGGAAAUACCCAUCAAUUUAGGUGGAAAUACACCCAAUCAACAAACUUUCAUAUUUUUUUUAAAUCCAUCAACCGACUUUAUUGAAAUUGUGUAAAAAUGUGUAAAUUGCCAAUUAGGUGCCCCUCACCCUAUCCCUAACUUCAUUGGAACAAAUUUAAAUAAGUACCGCAUAUAUAGUAGUUUAAUUCCAUCCAUGGGUUUUGCAGUAGUCGAAAAUGUCUACAUUUACCCCAUUAAUGAGUCCCCGCCCUUACUCAAUGGGGUCAAGUAACUUCAUUUGUAGAAAUGUUAAAAAGCAUCAAGCAACAUACUUGCCAUAUUUGGUUGAAAUCUACCAAGUGGUUCUUGAGAAGCAGUGUAAAAAUGUCUCACUUUGCACCUUUAAUUAUGGAGGAUUGACUUCCUUUGAACAAGUCUCAAUAAGUGCUACCAAAGCACCUAUCAAAUUUGUUUGAAAUCCAUCAAGAGGGUUAGAAGAUGAAAUGGUGUAAACCCCCACCCUAACCCUACGGGAUAGAUCAAAAUCAUUUGAACAAAUAUGAAUAAGGUACACCCAUGCAUCAAAUUAGGUUGAAGAAGAUGGGUGACAACACUGGGUUAAUAAUAUAUGAAUAUGUAUUUUUUUUGGAUAUAUAUGUAAGAUAAUUUUUAAGACAUAAAAUAUAUUAAUAUAUACUUUAUUAUUAUAAGUCUUUGUUUAUUUUGUUAUUGUACUUUGGUAUAUGUAUCCAAUAAAUAUAUUAUAUUCUG